AUUAUAUACUCACAAACCCUAGCCACAGACUUCUUGUUGCUGCCUCUCAAGAAACCCUCCGCUGCAAUCAACCAUCUCUACUUUGCAAUCUUGUUCUUUCUUCUUGGCUGACAAUGAACCUAGAAGAGAAAGUGAUCGACACAGAUGUUCUAUCAUCUGAUCAUCUUUCCUAUGUCCGUUGCAACUUCUGCAACACUGUUCUUGCGGUCCGGAUUCCAUGCAAGAGGAUGCUGGACACUGUGACGGUCAAAUGUGGUCAUUGCAAUAAUCUCUCGUUUCUCAGCACCAGACCUCCCAACCUAGGGAACUUCCUCGAUAUUGAUCACCAUCUGAGUGUUCAGGGAGUUUCUAGUAAUGAAAAGUUGCUAUUCAAGGAGACGCAAGGGUUUUCCACUGAUUUCAGAAAAGGCGAAUACUCAUCCUCCUCUUCGACCUCUAGCGAACCUCUGGUGCCCAAAGUACCCUUCGUAGUAAAGCCGCCUGAGAAGAAACACCGACUUCCAUCUACUUACAAUAGGUUUAUGAAGGAGGAGAUACAGCGCAUCAAAGCUGCCAAUCCUGAGAUACCACACAGAGAAGCUUUUAGCACUGCAGCUAAGAAUUGGGCUAGGUACCUUCCAAACACGGGUGCUGGAUCUGGAGGCAGCAAGAAUUAAUUAAUUCAGGAAUCGAUCGAGGGAUAGAUGUGAAAAGGAAAUCUGAGGCGUGAUCAAGAGGGAUCUAGAGAGCAGUUCGUUAACUAGGUCCUUGGUUUAGCUUCAUGCCUCAUACUUUCUAACCUUGUCGUUUUAUUUUGUGUUGUUUGCUGGAAUGUUGUCCUUAAAAGAACCUCUGCCUGAGAAUUCGAUCUAGAUGGAGUCAUAUGUAGUAGUAACAAUAAUUACAUGAAGUACUGGCUGUCUAAUCUCUCUGUAUUGACUUCAAGUACUUUGAUUUUCAUGAAGCAUGGAGGCUAAUAGCUUCAAUUAUGAAAA